CGCUAUCUGGGCAUAACAGUUCAGUUUAGUAGCCAAUAUGCAGAUGCAGCUGAACGCCAAGACCGUGCAGGGCGCCUUCAAGGCGCAGCGCCCUCGCUCUGUCCGCGGCAACGUGGCGGUGCGCGCAGUGGCCGCUCCCCCUAAGCUGGUCACCAAGCGCUCCGAGGAGAUCUUCAAGGAGGCUCAGGAGCUGCUGCCCGGUGGCGUGAACUCGCCCGUGCGCGCUUUCCGCUCGGUUGGUGGCGGCCCCAUCGUCUUCGACAGGGUCAAGGGUGCCUACUGCUGGGACGUCGAUGGCAACAAGUACAUCGACUACGUUGGCUCUUGGGGCCCUGCCAUUUGCGGCCACGGCAACGACGAGGUCAACAACGCCCUGAAGGCGCAGAUCGACAAGGGCACCUCGUUCGGUGCUCCCUGCGAGCUGGAGAACGUGCUGGCCAAGAUGGUGAUUGACCGCGUGCCCUCGGUGGAGAUGGUGCGCUUCGUGUCCUCGGGCACUGAGGCGUGCCUGUCGGUGCUGCGCCUGAUGCGCGCAUACACCGGCCGCGAGAAGGUGCUGAAGUUCACCGGCUGCUACCACGGCCACGCCGACUCCUUCCUGGUGAAGGCCGGCUCCGGUGUGAUCACCCUGGGCCUGCCCGACUCGCCCGGUGUGCCCAAGAGCACCGCCGCCGCCACCCUGACCGCCACCUACAACAACCUGGACUCCGUGCGCGAGCUGUUCGCCGCCAACAAGGGCGAGAUUGCCGGUGUGAUCCUGGAGCCCGUGGUCGGCAACAGCGGCUUCAUUGUGCCCACCAAGGAGUUCCUGCAGGGCCUGCGCGAGAUCUGCACGGCUGAGGGCGCCGUGCUGUGCUUCGAUGAGGUCAUGACCGGCUUCCGCAUUGCCAAGGGCUGCGCCCAGGAGCACUUCGGUAUCACCCCCGACCUGACCACCAUGGGCAAGGUCAUUGGUGGCGGCAUGCCUGUGGGCGCCUACGGCGGCAAGAAGGAGAUCAUGAAGAUGGUCGCCCCCGCCGGCCCCAUGUACCAGGCCGGCACCCUUUCGGGCAACCCCAUGGCCAUGACUGCCGGCAUCAAGACGCUGGAGAUCCUGGGCCGCCCCGGCGCCUACGAGCACCUGGAGAAGGUGACCAAGCGCCUGAUCGACGGCAUCAUGGCCGCCGCCAAGGAGCACAGCCACGAGAUCACCGGCGGCAACAUCAGCGGCAUGUUUGGCUUCUUCUUCUGCAAGGGCCCUGUGACCUGCUUCGAGGACGCCCUGGCGGCCGACACUGCCAAGUUCGCGCGCUUCCACCGCGGCAUGCUGGAGGAGGGCGUCUACCUGGCUCCCUCGCAGUUCGAGGCCGGCUUCACCUCUCUGGCCCACUCCGAGGCGGACGUGGAUGCCACGAUCGCCGCCGCUCGCCGCGUGUUCGCCCGCAUCUAAGCGGCGCGUGCACAGCUUGCAGCAAAUUUAUCGUGGGUGGGUAGGAUGAUGGAGCAGCAGACCCGGAUGCUAGUGGCGCGCGGCAGCCUCGGUUGAAGGCAACCCUUGCGCGAGUGUCCGCUGCGUGAGUGUCCUUGCGGCUCGACCCGGGAUUCGGGAGGCGUGCUUGCGUGAUGCAGGCGGAGCUGGUUCUUCCGUGUGUAUGCGUCGAGGCAUGCAUGGUAUGCGGAAGAAGUUCAGACGUUGACAGCAAACUCUGUGCAGAGCGCUCAAUACUGGGCCUAUGACGAUGACCUGACCCAUAAUUGUUUAUGACUAACCUGACUUCAUGAGUGAUGAUAUAGUGUUGCGUGUGUUGGUGAGCUUGACAGAGCUUUGACCUCUUGACACCGAGUUUAGAGUGCGGGUGCGCCCUGGGCGGGUACCGAAGCAAGUGCUGCUGACAGUGCUGCGCCAGGCGCAAGAGCUGAGAAGCUAGGAGAAACGAAGAGCAGGAUGAUGGCGGCGUCUACGGCUGCAGAUGUAGGGAUGUAGGCUAUGCAAGGGGGCUCUGAUUGCACCCUCAGAAAGUGUGUAAGAUUACAACCUG